GUCGCUACAGACUUAUGUCAUCUGGUGACUUGCACGUUUUGGAUGUCAGUCUGUCUGACAGUGGUGUCUACCAGUGCGUCGCUCACAAUCCGUUUGUAGGUGAGAUGGUAAAAGCCAACCAUAAGGUUAUUCUGGAGGUUCAAAACACUACAAAUGUCUCUUCGCCCGUCUUAAGUGCAUUUCCGGAACCUACUACCAGUGUCGUUCUCGGCAGUAAUGUUACUUUAGAGUGCGUAGCUCACGGUUUCCCACCGCCUCAAAUAACGUGGACCAAAAAAAACGGACAUCUGCCAUAUCACAGAAAUUAUCAAGAUACAGGAAACCUGUUAUUAUUUGGAGUAUUAGAACAAGACAGAGGAACGUACACGUGUUCCGCUAAUAAUAGCGCUGGGUUUGUUAGAGCAGAAACAGCACUUGAAGUAGAAGAAGUUCCUCAGAUUGUGAAAGGUCCACAAAACGGAUACGUGCAGGAAGGGGGGGAUGUUAAACUAGACUGCGAAGCACGUGGCUCCCUUCCUCUAUCUUUUACUUGGAUCCACAAUGGCAGAGUUGUAUCCGAAAUUCGUCACACCACGAGCAAUGAAAGCUCUCUUGUUCUGAGCAAUAUUGUUCGUAAACAAGCUGGUAUUUAUCAGUGCUUUGCAAGUAAUAAACUCGACACUACAUAUGCUGUGAGUGAAGUUAAAGUUCUACCGAAAGAGGGAGCAUCUUCGUCAUCCGAAACCAGUAAUGCAAAAGAGAUAAAACUAGAGAAGUUCAUUCCUGACCAUCGUGGAAAUGGAGAGAGGAAUGAAACAAAAAAGAAUGACGCCAAGCAGAGCACUGGUGUAGCAGUUAAACUAGUGCCACCUAGUAAGCCUGACGUUACCCAGUUGUCAGAAAAGUCUGUGUUGGUCCGAUGGAAGGUUCCUAAAAAUAGUGGGCUAUCGAUAUUGUUCUUCAAAGUUCAGUAUAAACCAGCAGGAAAUCCCUGGAUCACAGUGGACAAUGAGAUAGGUCCUAAUGUCUGGUCUUACACCGUGUCAAAGUUAAAAACAGGUUAG